CUAACCGUGAGCUCUGUCGUUUCAAAUCCACUUCUGGUCCUGGCGCUGCAGUUCCUGAUGCAUCCAGAGCUGCAAAGGCCAUCUCUGAUCAUGGGAUUGGUAUUUUCCAUGGGUCUCUCCUGUCUCCUGCCCUCCAGGGAAGGGGGUGAGAUUCCUGGGUGUUUUUUCCUCCUGUAGUCUACACCCUUGUGCUAAGUCCUGGAGCCUCUGCUCAACCCCUGCCCCUCCGGGAGCCAGCACUCAGUGGUGCUGGGAUUUGGGCCGGAGCUGCAGGAAGGAAUUAAUGGUGUCCCUCCAGUUCUUCCAGGGCUUGGGGUGAGCUGUGGUGCACCAGACCUCGAGUUUUAAUGGUUUUAUGUAGUUUUUUUUUAAAGUCGGAUGGAUGGAUGGAUGAAUGAAGAAGGAUUUUAAGCAAAGAAAGGGGAGGGGAAAAAUGGAGCUGUUUGGAACAAACUGAAGUUUCCCCCAAGACCGCCUGGGCCAUGGGCGAGACAGAGCUGCUCAGCACCACUUCCACCCUUUGGUGUCUGCUGGGGUUGUAAAGGCACUCCCUGAACACCCCCUUCCCGUUCACCUGCUGGGAAAUGGUUGCUGCAGAGAAGAUUUAAUGCAAUUCCUGUCACUCCCCAACUGCCAAGUGGAUACUGAGCCCAUGGAAGGGCCUGGGGGGUCAGGAGAAAGGAGCAAGUAGGAAAACCCACAAUCCGCCAGACCUUCCCCUCCGCCCCCCUCGAAAGAAAGGAUUUACAGCUCAACCUUGCACCAGCUGUUCCUCGGCUUUAACAGACCAAGAGAGAAAUAAAUAAAAUUAAACGGCCACCGCCAGCCAGCCCCAGAUCCCGGUGAAAUCAGGGAGAGUGUUUCGGUGACCCCUCCAGCGAGGGGAGGAGGAGGAGGCACAGCAGCUCUGUGAGGAAGCUGGGAUUGCUUAGAGACCACCCCCUCCUCCCGUGCAGCACCGGGGGCUGCGGCACAACAGAGGCGGAUUAAAAAGGAGAAGUUGCUUCCCUGAGGCUCCCGGAGUGGCUUUUUUGCAAGGAGUUUGCUGAUCCUGUGCUCUUCUCGGGGUGCUGGCUGGGUGGGAAUCGCCCUGCCCGAGCCUGGGGAAUUCCCUCCCUUCAGAGCUUGCCUGUUGGAGUCCUGCUCCCUGUGGGCUGCUGCCUGGACUGAGGCUUGGAAGGGCUCUAAGCAUUCCUACUCCAACGGUUGUCCUAAACCCAAAUCCCCUUCUCUGUUGUGAAUUUUUAAUGUUUUUAACCCUCCUUCCCUGUGCCCUUGAGCUCUCACGGGGCAGAGCUUAGAGCGGGCUCCUCUCCUGGGCCUCCUGCUCCAGAGCCUUCUCCGGACUGUCCGCCCCGGUCGGAGCUCGCCCCGGGAGCAGGUGUGGGGGCAGGGUAGGGGUCAGCCCCUGUCCCCCUCCACUUCUCGUCCUGCUCUGAGUCCCCUGGGGCCUGGGCUAUGCUGCGGGGCGGACCCCCCACCACAGCUCCAACAUGCCAGCAGCCUCUGGAAAGAGAUUCAAACCCAGCAAGUACGUCCCGGUCUCCGCUGCUGCCAUCUUCCUAGUGGGAGCCACCACCCUCUUCUUCGCCUUCACGUGCCCCGGGCUCAGUCUCUACGUAUCCCCAGUCAUCCCUGCCUACAAUGCCGUUGUCUUCCUCUUUGUGCUGGCCAACUUCAGCAUGGCCACCUUCAUGGACCCGGGCAUAUUCCCACGAGCUGAAGAGGACGAGGACAAGGAGGAUGAUUUCCGGGCCCCGCUGUACAAGACGGUGGAGAUCAAGGGCAUCCAGGUGCGCAUGAAGUGGUGCGCGACCUGCCGCUUCUACCGCCCGCCCCGCUGCUCCCACUGCAGCGUCUGCGACAACUGUGUGGAGGAGUUCGACCACCACUGCCCCUGGGUCAACAACUGCAUCGGGCGGCGCAACUACCGCUACUUCUUCCUGUUCCUGCUGUCGCUCACCACGCACAUCAUGGGCGUCUUCGGCUUCGGGCUGCUCUACGUCCUGUACCAGGUGGAGGAGCUCUCCGGUGUCCGCAUGGCCGUCACGAUGGUGGUGAUGUGUGUGGCCGGGCUCUUCUUCAUUCCCGUUGCUGGCCUGACGGGCUUCCAUGUGGUGCUCGUGGCCAGGGGCCGCACUACCAACGAACAGGUGACGGGCAAGUUCCGCGGGGGAGUCAACCCCUUCACCAACGGUUGCUGUAAGAAUGUCAGCCGGGUCCUCUGCAGCUCCCCAGCCCCCAGGUACCUUGGGCGCCCGAAGGCCGAGCAGACGGUGCUGGUGAGACCCCCGUUCCUGCGGCCCGAGGUGUCGGACGGUCAGAUCACUGUCAAGAUCAUGGACAAUGGUAUCCAGACAGAGCUGAAAAGGACGAAGUCCAAGGGGAGCCUGGAGGUGACGGAGAGCCAGUCUGCUGACGCCGAGCCGCCACCCCCACCUAAGCCCGACCUCAGCCGCUACACGGGCCUGAGGACACAUUUAACCCUGGCCACCACUGAGGACAGCAGCUUGCUAGGCAAGGACAGCCCCCCAACUCCCACCAUGUACAAGUACCGGCCCGGUUACAGCAGCAGCAGCAGCUCGGCAGCCCUGCCCCACUCCACCAGUGCCAAGCUGAGCCGAGUGAACAGCCUGAAGGAGCCCAACUCCAUCUGUGACAGCGGCCACAAGCCCAGCUACCGCUCAGAGCCGAGCCUGGAACCUGAGAGCUUCCGCUCGCCCACCUUUGGCAAGAGCUUCCACUUUGAUCCUCUAUCCAGUGGCUCCCGCUCCUCCAGCCUCAAGUCGGCCCAGGGCACGGGCUUUGAGACAGGCCACCUGCAGUCCAUCCGCUCGGAGGGCACCACCUCCACCUCCUACAAGAGCCUGGUGAACCAGACGCGCAACGGCAGCCUCUCGUACGACAGCCUGCUCACACCCUCCGACAGCCCUGACUUUGAGUCAGUGCAGGCAGGCCCGGAGCCCGAGCCUCCGGUGGGCUACACCUCGCCCUUCCUGUCGGCCCGCAUCGCCCAGCAGCGAGAGACCGACCUGCACGGCCGCUUCGCCAGCGCUGCCUCCCCCAAGCACGCGGCGCCGCGCGAUCCCUCGCCCGUGCGCUAUGACAAUCUCUCCCGCCACAUCGUGGCCUCCAUCCAGGAGCGGGAGAAGCUGCUGCAGCAGCCAACGGCCCCGGGCCGGGAGGAGGACGCGGGGCUGGCAGACUCGGGCAUCCAGUCAACGCCGGGCUCCAGCAACGCCCCCCGCACCAGCUCCUCCUCGGACGAUUCGAAGCGCUCGCCCCUGGGCAAGAACCCGCUCACCCGCCCGGCCCUGCCCCGCUUUGGCAAGCCCGAGCCGCCCCCGGCUCUGCGAGUGCGCUCGCUGGGCUCCCCCGACCCGCCCGCUGCCCCCCACCUGGGCAAAUCCGUGUCUUACAGCAGCCAAAAAACAGCCUCUCAGGCCGGCGGCCCCGAGACCGAGGAGGUGGCCUUGCAGCCCUUACUGGCACCAAAGGAUGAGGUGCAGAUGAGAACAGCCUACAGCAAGUCCAAUGGGCAGCCCAAGAGCCUGGGCUCGGCCCCACCGGGCCCGGGGCCGGUGCCCCUCAGCAGCCCCACCCGCGGAGGUGUCAAGAAGGUCUCGGGAGUGGGGGGCACCACGUAUGAGAUCUCGGUAUGA